AUGGCAGGAGAUCCAUUUUUAUCAGACCCAUCAAGGAAAAGAAAACGUUCGAGAACUACUAGUACCACUUCCUCUUCUUCUUUAGCUGCACAGAGUUCGAAAAGGAACAAGUCGAGGUCAUCUACUCCACAAGCAUCCACUGUAUCCAACAUUGAUGAAGAGAUUUCUAGUGCCAGUGAUGAUGAUUCAGAGACCGAGCUGAUAGGCGGAGACCAUGACGAAGACGGACAAAAUGGUGCAGAAGGAGAUCUUUCUUCAGAUGAAGAAUUUUUUGAAGAGAGCGCAGCAGAUAAACGAAGAAGAUUAGCCAAGCAGUAUCUUGAGAAUUUAAAAAAUGAAGAGCUUCGAGGUGAUGGAGAUGAAGAAGAUGGCGGCGAUUAUGAUGCGCAGGAUUUGGACAAUGAAAUUUUGGCAAGGCGAUUACAGAAAGAUGUCGCAGAAAGCAAAGGUUAUGUUUACAAAUUCUUUGGUUCACAAAUUUCACAGCAAUUGGAUGAUGACCGAGCUGUUAAACUCGUAACCACUAGGAUAGGCUCGAAAAAUGUGACCAGUAUGGCACUGCAUUACCCAUAUCUUUACACAGUUUCCAAGGAUUGUGAAAUAAUUAAAUGGAAUAUAAGUCUGGAGAACUACAAACCACAAAGAGUUAAGCAUACCAAAGGCGGAGCCAAGUUUUUUAAUCUAGAUAAGACGAACCCAGGGGCCAACCAUCAUUGGGAACAAAUCAAUUGCAUUGCUGCUUCGCCAGAUGGCAAGUAUAUUGUCACUGGAGGUGCAGAUUCACGUUUGAUCAUUUGGUCAAGCGAAAACUUGGCAUGUUUAAAAGUGUUGGAAACACGAUCUGCGGUGAACUCCAUUGUGUUUAGACGAAACAGCGACCAGCUAUUUGCUGCUUGCGCGGAUUUGCGAUUGAGAACAUAUUCCAUCAAUCAAUUUGUACAGCUCGAAGUUCUUUAUGGACACCAAGACAACGUGGCUGAUGUUUCCGCGUUGGCGAGGGAAACAUGCGUGUCGGUGGGAAGUAGAGAUAAGACGGCAAUGUUUUGGAAAGUUGCUGAGGAAACAAGGUUAACUUUUAGAGGAGGUGAUUACACACAAGAAGGAAAGAAACAUAAAAAGAAAAAGAGUUUGCAAAAUGGUGAUGCAAACGAUAAUGGAGUUAUCGACUCAGAAGAUCAACCAUUCCAUAAUGAAGGAUCCAUUGAUGUUGUUAGCAUGAUUGAUGAAUCACACUUUGUCACAGGUUCAGAUAACGGGAAUGUGGCAUUGUGGUCUUUGGCCAAGAAAAAAGCACAAACGACAAAGAGACUAGCCCAUGGGUUGCAAGAACAAUUUAAACCCCAAGAAGCCAGUGCCGAGACUGAAACCGAGCUUGCUGCACGACAAAUUCCCGAGCAACAACCAUUCUGGAUUACUGCAAUCUAUGCUCCUGCGUAUAGUGACGUGUUCUUUACUGGAUCUUUUGAUGGUGCCGUGAAAAUAUGGCAAUUGGACGAAACACUUCGUUCAUUCAAACUAAUUGGCGAAAUCGAAAAUUUAAAGGGACAUGUGGUAAGUAUAGAUAGUGUUGAGAUUCCCGAGAAGAAGCAGUUGAAAGUGUUUGUGCUUUUGAGUAAGGAACACAAGUUUGGUAGAUGGUUUGGAAAGAUACCUGGUGGUAGAAAUGCAUUGGUUAGCUUUACUUUUGAUGUAUAA